CGACGCGUUUAACUGGAGCACGCACACGCACGCUCCCGCGCAAGGGGGGCGGCGGACGUGGUUUGGUUCGCCUCGCCUCUGUGAACACGCAUCUCUGCAGCGCCUCCAUGUCCGACUCAUCCGCGACCUAAGCGCUGCGCGUUUUCUCUUCGCGCGGCAGCUGAUUCGGGAAGAAAGGGGCCCAGAAGUAAAAGAAGACGUGGAUGCAGUAAUUCUCCCGGCGCCAUGAACUACUUCCUGAGGAGUUUGAUCUGGAUGUUUCUCCGGUUUCCUAAUGGCAGAUGUGAAACGAAUCAGGGUCUGUCAGUGGAUGCAGAUGGUGUGGCUGAAUCUCAAAGUGGAGCUGCACCCACAGCUGAAGGUUAUUUCCUGGAGUUCCAAGGGCCAGUCAACAACAUCACCCACUUCCAGGGCCAGACGGCCACGCUGCACUGUAAGGUGACAGGGAACCCACGACCCUCCAUUCGCUGGUUGAAAAACGAUGCCCCCGUAGUCCAGGAGCAGGGUCGCAUAACCAUCCGUAAAACAGAGGCAGGAUCCAAGCUCCGCAUCCAGGACCUGGACACGACAGACACGGGCUAUUAUCAGUGUGUUGCCUCCAACUCACUGAAGGUCAUAUCUGCCACAGGCGUCCUCUACGUCAAACUAGGACAGAUGCCCACACAAAGCCCAGAUGAACCGUGGCGUGAAAAGGGUUUCUGCCAGCCAUACAGAGGCAUUGCCUGUGCUCGCUUCAUUGGCAACCAAAGCAUUUAUGUUGAGUCCCUGCAGAUGCAGGGGGAAAGUGAAAACAGAAUCACAGCUGCCUUCACUAUGAUUGGAACCUCUACCCACCUAUCAGAUCAGUGCUCCAGGUUUGCCAUCCCGUCCUUCUGUUACUACGUUUUCCCGCUCUGUGACGAGGUCACCCGAGCCCCUCGGCGGCGCCAGCUCUGUCGAGAUGAGUGCGAGGCCCUGGAGAACGACCUGUGCCACGCCGAGUACAACAUUGCCCGAUCCAAUCCCAUGAUUCUCAUGCAGCUAGAACUCCCCAGCUGCCACCUGCUGCCGCGGCCGGGCACGGCCGAUGCUGCUUCCUGUAUGAGGAUAGGAGUGCCGGCAGAGAAACUGGGUCCAUAUUCGUCCACAGACCACAGCUGCUACAAUGGAAGUGGGGCUGACUACAGGGGCACAGUCAGCAUUACUAUGUCAGGUCACCAUUGCCAGCCAUGGAGCUCACAGUACCCUCACAGUCACCACCUGUCCAGAGACUACCCCGAGCUCUGGGGAAGUCAUAACUUCUGUCGUAACCCAGGGGGCCAGAUGCAGGCGCCAUGGUGCUUCACGCUGGACCAUAAGGUCAGGAUGGACCUGUGUGACAUCCAGCCCUGCAAGCUCCCAGAGAACCCCAGGAAUGAGAUUCUCUUCAUUCUGAUCCCUGCCAUAUCCAUCCCUUUGGUCAUCGCGUGCCUCUUCUUUCUGGUCUGCAUGUGUCGCAAUAAGCAAAAGGAAUCAACUGACACACCACUACGGCAAAGCAGCUCCCCUUGCCAGGACAUGGAACUGUCUCUCCUAAAUCAGCAAAAACACCAGGCCAAGCUGCGGGAGAUCAACAUGUCAGCAGUGCGGUUUAUGGAGGAGCUUGGCGAGGAUCGGUUUGGCAAGGUUUACAAGGGCCACAUGUAUGGCACCGCACCUGGAGAGCAGACACAGGUAGUGGCCAUCAAAACAUUAAAGGACAAGGUUGAUGCCUCUCUCUGUGAGGAAUUUCGUCAUGAAGCCAUGCUCCGUGUUAACUUACAACACCAGUAUAUAGUUUGUUUGCUGGGUCUGGUCACCAAAGAGCAGCCAAUGAGCAUGAUAUUCACUUACUCCAGCCUUGGUGACCUCCACGAGUAUCUGGUGAUGCGCUCCCCCAACUCCGAUGUUGGCAGCUCAGAUGAUGACAAGACAGUCAAAUCCACACUGGAGCAGGCCGACUUUCUUCAUGUUAUCACCCAGAUUGCAUCCGGAAUGGAGUACCUCUCCAGCCAGCAAGUAGUUCAUAAAGACCUUGCUGCCCGAAACAUUCUGGUCUAUGACAAGCUCAGCAUCAAGAUUCUGGAUCUGGGCCUGUUCAGAGACGUCUACUCUGCUGAUUACUACAAUCUAACAGGCACAAACCCUUUGCCCAUUCGGUGGAUGUCCCCAGAAGCUAUUAUGUAUGGAAAAUUCUCCACUGACUCCGACAUCUGGUCCUAUAGUGUCUUGCUAUGGGAGACUUUCAGUUACGGUCUGCAGCCAUAUUGUGGCUACUCCAACCAGGAUGUGAUUGAGAUGUUGCGCAGCCAUCAGCUACUGUCUUGUCCUGAUGACUGCCCAGCCUGGAUUUACACCCUCAUGCUAGAGUGUUGGAGUGAAUUCCAAGCAAGAAGGCCUCGCUUCAAGGACAUCCACACACGCCUGUGCUCUUGGGAAAGCCUCUCCAGGUAUACCAGCCCCGCUCAGACCUCUGGCACCAGCAACACUACCCAGACCAGCUCCCUUAGCACCAGCCCUGUUAGUAACAUCAGCAUUAGCACGGCCAAUGCAUCUCGUUACACCAGCCCUAAAAAGAGUUUGCCCUUCCAUCAGCCCCAAUUCAUUCCCAUGAAGGGACAAAUGCAUCGGCAAAUGGUUCCCCAGCAGCUCUACAUUCCUGUCAACGGAUAUCACCCCAUGCAAGCUUACCCAUACAUGCAGAACUGUUACCCCAUGCAAAUACCCAUGCAAAUUCCCCACCAGCAGAUGCACCAUCUACCACAAAUGGUUGCCAAAGCUGGUUCUCACCAUAGUGGUAGUGGAUCCACAUCUACAGGCUAUGUCACCACUGCCCCUUCCAACAUGUCUGUCAUCGAUCGAGCAGCUUUGCUAAAUGAGGACUCCAAGACCAAUGAUGAGGACUUGGCUGACAGGCCGGCCAAGGAUGGGCAAGACCAAAACAUGGACAUGUUAGUGCAUGAAACAGAAUUGCUAGGGGACAAUGACCCUCUGGAAACUGAUGAACUGGGUAUCCACUUGUCAGACACAUAAGUGUGGUUCUGUUUCAAGAAGACCUGAAUUAUUUCUGUGAGCUGUGCUUGCCAAAAUGUAAUAUGCAGCAUAAAGUGAAUAGAGAAAUGUUGUAGAACAAUGACUGAAUGUUUUCUUUGAGUUUUUUUAGAUAGUGCUGACACAGUUUUGAAUGUCACGUGUGUUGCACGUCAAUAACUUUUAUAAUUGAGCAAAACGAAUCAUGCAAUCAUUUGUAAACCUUUUUGUAAUGUUGCCAUUUAUACAGCGAUUUAUGUUCUUGCUGUUGUGGAACAAAAAAUACUAUAGGGGUUGCCUUGAUGGUAUUCCUUUUAUUUGCCAGAAAGCUUGUUAUGCAAAAGUGAGAUGUCCCUCACCUUCUUCUGAGGGACAUCUCACACAACCAUAGCAGAAGGCUUUCCACCAGAGCUGAAUCAGGAUGUAUGUACUGGCGUUGUACUGAUUCUCCACAUCUUCACAGCUUAAUUACUUCUUUUUUUUACCUUGUUGAUUGUAUAGAGCCACAAUCAUCAAUUGACAAAAUGUUGAAUGAAUAGAUACAUUGUAGGAGUUUUAAAAGAAACUUUGUUAAUAAUUAUACUCACUGACUCACAAGACUGAGAAUCAAGAAUUCUCUUCUUUUCAGGCCAUCGAUGAAGUUUAAACCCCACGAGGUACAUACUUGUAACAGUGAAAACCAAAUUGUGCAGAUUUGUAAUUAUAUACUUUUACAUUUUAUGUUUAGUUUUUACAUGAAGAUUAUUAUUGUUAUUAGUACAAUUUCAUUUCCACCACAUGUUUGCUUUGUUUAGGUACAUUUUUGCUUACCAUAUAAUGUUUACAUUCAUCUAUGGAGCAUGCAAUAAAGUAAUUUUAACAAAAUGGUGUAUCAGGUCUUUUCACUUGAUUAAAUGUUAUCAUUAGUAUAAUAAACACUGCGCAGUCAAGAUAAAUUAGGCCAAAAAAUAUGCUGUAGUGAAGAAAUACAGAUACUAAUAAUAAUAAUAUACUAAUAAUAAUGUAAAUCACAUUCUGUGCUUUUUUUGCAAUCAUCAUUGAAUGUGGUUGUUGGCAGACGAUUGAAUUCUGGCCACAUGGUGCAGCAAUUGUAACCCUACGUUCUGUCUAAAGAUGGACUUUUCUACAUCCUUACUAUGUUUUAGUUUUAAAACAGCAUUUUGAACCAAUACCACAAGCAUUUAAGUGAGAUGUCUGCUCAUAUUAGCACGCCUGAAACACAUAUUACAUGACGUACAGUGGGCGUGCAUGUACUGGUACCGGAACCAAAGGGGUUGAUGACGCAACUGAACC